CUCUGACUUCAUAUGUACGUGUUGUUAUAAAACGAAGAUACGCGUUUUUUUCUUAACUAGAUAAACCUGAAUUUUCUUGUUUUAAGAAAAAAAAAAAUAAUUUUAAGAGUUACAGACAAUCUGUAUAAAUUCCGAGUUAUUUUAACUUAAACUAGAAUUUAUUAAUUCAAAUAUUUGAUUUCAGUUUGUGCCACGGUUUAUGUGAAAAACAUAAAAAAUAAUUAAAAUUAAUAUAUAAAAAAUACAUACAUAUAUUAAAUAAAAAAAUAAAACGAAAUUCGCCCUAAACUCGUCGAAAUGAUUUUUGAUAUGCAUAUUUGUGUAUACCAUUGAUACAAAAUGUGUAAAUGCUUUAAAAAGUUAUUAACAAAAUCAUCUUGAAUGUAGAAAAAGUCUAUAAAUUAUAUAUAUACUGUGUUAAAGUUUAUUAAUUUUAAAAAAGAAAAAAAGAAAGAAAAAACAAAAUUAAUAAAACGCCGAUAUUACACACCCAUCAUAAUACACACUGUUGUAUAAUUGAUUUACUACACAGAAGACAAAGAAGAAGAAAAAUAAAGUUGAAAAACAACAACUUUAAAAUUUCGAUAUUUGGAAAUUUAUACGAUGAACUGUAGCCAACAAUCUAACUAACAGCCUUAUGACGAACGCUCGUCUCUCUCCCUCUCACAAGUAAUCUUUCUUUAUUAUUAGUUAUUGGGUAUUUUUAUCGCCACUAAAUUAUUAUUAAUCCUCGAUGUUCAUCGACGCGUACCUAAGGGCAUUUUUAAAAACAUCAAAAAGAAUAAUUAAAAAACACUCCGGAUAACAUUUGUUUUCUUUCUGUGCUACCACCAUUAAAUUUACUACACUUGGCAUUCCCAGGCAACGAUCGAUACUCGACAGCUACCUACUUGUAAACACCAGACAUAUCGAGCGGAUCUUCAAAUCUCUCAUUUUUCUACUUAGUGUCUUUUGUUUUCAUUUCCCUCCUACACUCGUUACAUCUCUCUCGCUUAUUAUAUUUUCUCGUUUGCUCUCACUCUUUACAUAUCACUUUAACUUUAUUGUCGAACAAUUAAAGUGAGAGAACAAGGGCUUGUUUUUAAAUUCGAUGUAUAAGUGUGGUAAUUAUAAUUAAAUCAUUAAUGUUCAAUUAUGACACAUUAUCAAACCCCAUUGCGGUGUAAAGGUAGAACGAGGUGUAACUGGUCAACUUCGAAUCAAAAAAGACCAUUUUUUCGAAAAAUACUCGGUUUUGUAUUAGUAUUGUCAUGGACACUGCUAUCGAUAACAGCAGAACCUUUUGGAGGAGCAUCAGUUGGAAUACAUAUACCGGGAGGCAGUUUAGGUACAAUUAGUGAAUCUCGUUGUCCCCGUGUAUGUUCAUGCAAUGGAUUAACUGUGGAUUGUUCACAUCGAGGACUCACACAGGUGCCUCGUAAAAUAUCAGCCGAUGUUGAAAGAUUAGACUUGCAAGGAAAUAAUAUAACUGUGAUUUUUGAGUCUGAUUUCCAAAGGUUGACUAAACUAAGAAUACUGCAGUUGACCGACAACCAUAUACAUACUAUAGAGAAAGGUUCCUUACAAGAUCUAAUUUCAUUGGAAAGACUACGCCUUAACAACAAUCGACUAAAGGCAAUACCUGAUAACUUUGUUACAAGUUCAGCGAGUCUUUUGCGAUUAGACAUAUCACAUAAUGCAAUUACCACGGUUGGUCGCCGAGUUUUUAAGGGAGCUCAAUCAUUACGUAGCCUACAGAUAGACAAUAACCAAAUAACUUGUAUGGAUGAACAUGCAUUUAAGGGUCUGGUCGAUCUUGAGAUACUCACUCUAAACAACAAUAAUCUUACAACAUUACCUCACAAUAUAUUCAGUGGGUUGAGCAGAUUGCGAGCAUUACGGUUAUCGGACAAUCCAUUAUCCUGUGAUUGUCAUUUAUCAUGGCUGUCGCGAUAUUUACGCGGUGCACCUCGGUUGGCACCAUACACAAGAUGCCAAUCACCAUCACAACUAAAGGGUCAAAACGUUGCAGAUUUACAUGAUCAAGAAUUUAAAUGUUCAGGCCUUACCGAAAAUGCACCUCUGGAAUGUGGCCUCGAAAAUAGUUGCCCUCAUCCAUGCCGAUGUGCAGAUGGAAUAGUGGACUGUCGCGAAAAAAGCCUUACUAGUGUUCCAGCAACAUUACCAGACGACACAACAGAAUUACGUUUGGAACAAAAUUUUAUUACGGAACUUCCAUCAAAAGCUUUUGCGAAUUUUAGACGUUUACGACGUAUUGACUUAUCCAAUAAUAAUAUAUCAAGAAUAUCUCACGAUGCACUAAGCGGUUUAAAAUCAUUAACAACACUUGUUCUCUAUGGGAACAAAAUUAGGGAUUUACCAUCUGGUGUUUUCAAGGGACUUUCAUCCCUUCAGUUGCUACUUCUGAAUGCCAACGAAAUUUCCUGUAUACGUAAGGAUGCAUUCCGAGACCUACACAGCCUGAGCUUACUUUCAUUAUAUGAUAAUAACAUUCAGACUUUAGCAAAUGGAACUUUUGAUGCAAUGAAGAGCAUUCAGACACUGCACUUAGCAAAGAAUCCUUUUGUGUGCGAUUGCAAUCUUAGAUGGUUAGCCGACUACUUGCACAAAAAUCCUAUUGAAACUAGUGGUGCUCGAUGUGAAUCACCUAAGCGUAUGCAUCGUCGACGGAUUGAAACUUUACGAGAUGAAAAAUUUAAGUGUUCUUGGGAUGAGAUGAGAAUGAAACUUUCUGGAGAGUGUCGCAUGGAAACAGAUUGCCCUUCAAUGUGUCAGUGUGAUGGUACAAUUGUUGAUUGCUCUGGCCGUGGCCUAAAAGAAAUUCCACGCGAUAUACCAUUACAUACCACAGAGUUGUUACUUAAUGACAACGAGUUGGGAAGAAUUAAGUCUGAUGGAUUAUUUGGACGUUUACCACAUUUAAUAAAGUUAGAUUUGAAACGAAAUCAAAUUAUAGCUAUCGAAACAAAUGCCUUUGAAGGGGCGUCUCGAAUUCAAGAUCUUCAAUUAGCAGAGAACAAAAUAAAAGAAAUUUCAAACAAAAUGUUUUUCGGUUUGCAUCAACUUAAAACCUUAAACUUAUACGACAAUCAAAUAUCGUGUGUAAUGCCUGGAUCAUUUGAAUUUUUAACGUCACUAACUACACUGAAUUUGGCUUCAAAUCCUUUUAAUUGCAACUGUCAUCUGGCAUGGUUUUCUGAUUGGCUGCGAAAGAAGGCGUUGAACGGUGGAACUGCACGAUGCGUAACGCCAUCCAAAGUACGCGAUGUACAAAUAAAGGAUUUGCCACACAAUGAGUUCAAGUGCACAUCUGAUAAUAACGACGGGUGUUUGGGAGAAGACUAUUGCCCACCAAUGUGUACAUGUACUGGCACCGUUGUGCGAUGCUCUCGUAACAAUUUAACAGAAAUUCCUCGUGGAUUACCAAGUGAAACAUCUGAGCUAUACCUAGAGUCAAAUGAAAUAACAAUGAUACACCAAGAUCGUAUACGCCAUUUGAAAUCACUUGCUCGGUUAGACUUGAGUAACAAUCAGAUAACCAUGCUUUCAGACUACACUUUUGCUAAUCUUACAAAGCUUUCCACAUUAAUAAUAUCAUACAACAAUUUACAAUGUUUACAACGUAAUGCAUUGGCUGGACUAAGUAAUCUACGUGUACUUUCUUUACAUGGAAAUCAAAUUUCAAUGAUGCCAGAAGGUUCUUUUCAAGACCUCAAAUCUUUGACUCAUAUUGCUCUUGGUAACAAUCCUUUGUACUGUGACUGUUCGCUCAAGUGGUUCUCAGAUUGGAUAAAACUUGACUAUGUGGAGCCAGGAAUUGCGAGAUGCUCAGAGCCGGAAUAUAUGAAAGAUAAACUUAUUCUUUCAACACCAUCCCACAAUUUUUUGUGUAAAGGCAAAGUUAACAAUGAUAUACUGGCCAAAUGCGAUGCCUGUUUUACUUAUCCUUGUCAAAAUAAAGCAAAGUGUGUAUCCUUACCUCAAAGGGAUUAUCAAUGCCUCUGCCAGCCCGGUUUUCAUGGCAAACAUUGCGAAUUUAUGAUUGAUGCUUGCUACGGAAAUCCAUGUCGAAACAAUGCAACCUGCACCGUGUUAGAGGAAGGCCGUUUUAGUUGUCAAUGCGCCCCUGGUUAUACGGGAGCACGCUGUGAAACUAACAUAGACGAUUGUUUAGGCUCAAUAAAGUGUCAAAAUAACGCAACCUGCGUUGAUGGUAUUGAAUCGUAUACGUGUGAAUGCCAACCGGGAUUCACCGGAGAAUAUUGCGAUACUAAAAUAAAGUUUUGCAGUGAAGAUUUUAAUCCAUGUGCUAAUGGUGCUACAUGUCAGGAUCACUUUACACAUUACUCAUGCGAUUGUAUGCCAGGUUUUCAUGGAAUUAAUUGUACCGACAAUAUAGAUGAUUGUCAAAAUCACAUUUGUAAAAAUGGUGGUACUUGCAUUGACGGAAUUAACGAUUAUAUUUGCAUGUGUCCCGAAGACUUUACGGGGAAAUACUGUGAGGGGCACAAUAUGGUAUCCAUGAUGUAUCCUCAAACUUCACCCUGUCAAAACCAUGAGUGUAAACACGGGGUAUGUUUUCAACCAAAUCCAGCUGGAUCUGAUUAUUUGUGCAAGUGUCAUCCUGGAUACACUGGAAAAUGGUGCGAAUAUUUAACAAGUAUCAGUUUUGUACAUAAUAAUUCAUUUGUGGAAAUGGAACCAUUGCGAACAAAACCCGAGGCGAAUGUUACUAUUGUUUUUAGUACAACUGAACAAAAUGGCAUUCUAAUGUACGAUGGUCAAGAUGCGCAUUGGGCCGUUGAACUUUUUAAUGGUAGAAUACGUGUUAGUUAUGAUGUGGGAAAUUAUCCUGUCUCUACUAUGUACAGCUUUGAAAUGGUGGCUGACGGCAAAUAUCAUUUAGUUGAACUCCUUUCUAUUAAAAAAAACUUUACAUUACGCGUAGAUCGUGGACUGGCUAGGUCUAUUAUUAAUGAUGGAUCUAAUGAAUACCUUAAACUUACAACCCCGCUCUAUUUAGGUGGCUUACCUUUUGAGCCAGCCCAACAAGCUUACAAAAAUUGGCAACUUCGAAAUCUGACAAGUUUUAAAGGAUGCAUGAGAGAAGUCUGGAUUAAUCACAAAUUGGUUGAUUUUGAAAAUGCAGCGCGACAACAAAAAAUUACUCCUGGAUGUGCAUUGUUAGAAGGAGAGAAUACUGAACUUGAUGAUGAACGAGAUUUUAUGGACGAAACGCCUCAUAUUAGUAAAGAAGUAAAUGUUGAUCCAUGCGAAAAUAACAAAUGUCGACGAGGAAGUCGCUGUGUCCCUAAUUUAAGCUCUCGUGAUGGUUAUCAAUGCAAAUGUAAACACGGACAAAGAGGAAGAUAUUGUGAUCAAGGUGAGGGCACUACCACCGUCGAGCCCCCAACAAACACUGUUGCUUUAACUUGUCGAAAGGAGCAGGUUCGAGAAUAUUAUACGGAAAACGAUUGCCGAUCUCGUCAGCCACUCAAGUAUGCAAAAUGUGUGGGGGGAUGCGGUAAUCAAUGUUGUGCUGCAAAAAUCGUUCGAAGACGAAAGGUGCGCAUGGUAUGCAGCAAUAAUAGAAAGUAUAUUAAAAAUCUUGACAUUGUAAGAAAAUGUGGAUGCACAAAGAAGUGCUACUGACUGAAAGAUGCGACUACCCAAUUGCAUAACAGCAGCUUAGAUACAAAUUUAGAACAUCGUAAAAAUGUCACCAUUUUAAAUAAUAGUUAUUAUGUUAAUAAAAUUAAUAUAAGUAAUAGUAGUAGUAGUAGUAGUAAUAAUAGUUUUAGUGAUAGUAUUAAGGUAACAGAAAAUCUAUUUAAUUCAUUUACUAAAAGUAAAAUAGGGGAAACGUCAAGUGCAAAUGUGCAAGAAGACAUCAACAGCCAGAGGGCAAAUAUAAACGAUUAUGUAAACGAAUAUGAGACUGAAGACAACGACAACAACGAAGACAGUUAUGAAAGCGAUGAGCAUCACGAACGUAUGCAGCUUAAUCCAAGUACUGACUAUUACGAUGAUGAGGAAGAUGAUAUGUAUUCUGAUAUAUAUGAGGACGAUGACGUAGAAGACGAGCCAGAAUUGUUGCCAGAAGCAAAAGAAUUAGUGCAAUUAUCUAUCAAUGAUAGGACAAAAACAGAUGACGACGAAGAAGAUAUGGGUUAUGAUGAAGAUGAUGAACGUAUAGCAAUUGCCGUAGAACGACCUAAAGAAUUGCGUUCUCGUGUUAAUAUCAAGAGCGAUUUCUCAAAUGGAGAGGGAAGUGGAAGCAGCUUAUAUAAGGCUAAAACAAACGAUAGAUUAAAAUUUGACUAUAUGAAUUCAUACCGUCGAAAACAACAAAAGUUGUUUAACGAUGAUAGUGCUCAUAGUGAAGUGGGAGUUAUUCAAUCAGAAGUUGAUUUGCGUGAAAGCAGUGGCAAUUUUGCUAACGAUGAUGAAGAUAAUGAUGACGACAGCGAUGACGACGAUGAUAGCGAUGGGUUCUUCAACUCGAAGCGGAAAUCAAAUAGUCGUUACUUUAGAAAAAACACAAACGAUGCAAUAAAGAUUAUAUCUACGCCUUUGGGUAAAGUUGGUAUUGUAUAUCAACAAACUCCAUCGCAGGUUGAUGAUAAAGGUAGCGAAAAUGUGGAUAAAAAAUCAACAUCGUUCACCGACUUUGAUGCCCUGUCGCCAGACCCAGAGAGCAGUCAUCGUUUGGCGUCUUCUCAUCCGAAAAUUACACCCGUCUUAACACCCGAUGGCAAGGUUGCCCUGCUUUACCGCGGCGACUCUGAAAACUCCAAAUACGAACCAAUUCGAAAUCUUACAAAACACAAAUUCAAUAAGCUCAGUGAAUCCGAAAGAAAAACUGUUAGUAGUUCAGCUAACAUUGAUUCUAGUGGUAGCAGUGAGUAUAGUGAUGCUGACUCAACUGCAGAAUUGGACGAUUCAGAUUCGGAUCUUAGAAUCUCAACAAAUAACAACAUUAAAAAUAAUAACGAUAACAAAAUGACGACGGAAGAGCAGGCUGCAAUUUUACCAGCCCCCGAUGCUGUUCCCACAACCGGAUCCUUUAUUAUUAGGCCAACUGAUUCCGUUUUGCCCAUGAUUAACCGACCGCUGUCUGAAGUUUUGGGUAUAAAAAAGAAUCAGUUUAAACAAUUUAGGAUUAAAGACACGUCCACGACAACAGAAGCAGCAUCAGGGUCAUUGGCUGCAGUGAAUAUGGACAAUUCAGACGCAAACACAUUGCAUUUUCUUACCAAAGUCAAUUUGGCCGACUAUCCCACAUCGUCACGUACACGAAACUAUGAUUUUGACUUUAGCCGUGACAACACAAUGCUUGAUGAACGUUCACGCAAUAAGGAACAGCAAACAAAGUCAAAUGUCAAUAGCAAUCAACAAAUGGUUGGCACAAAUGAGCCUAUGAACGAAGACAUUUUGUCAAAGACAGAAGUUGUUAACUUGGCUAUUAUUCCACAUUUUGAUGAAGAGCUCGAACGUCUCCAAAGAUUGCGAGAAUAUGAAGAGCGACGUCAUCAUCGACAACGACACAGGCAAAAACAGAACGAAGAGGAUUUAUCCGGUAUACACUGCAUCAUGCAGGCCAUGAUGGGUAUUGCAGCAAUAUCAACCGUAUUUGGUAUGCUCGGUACAUUUUUCAAACAACGUAUACUAGAUCAAUUACGCUUAAUGCACUGGUAGUACAACACGGGUAUUCGAUUGUUUAUUUUUCCACAAUUGAAUACCCCUCACGCCUCAGUUGUUAAUAUUAAUAUUGCCAUUGAUGCUCUGUUUACGCUUCUCCCAGGAAAAAAAUCUCCAUUAAAAACGAUUUUCUUUCUGCUUAAAAACAACUUUAUACAUACUAACUAGUAGCACAAUUACAAAAUCGAUAAAAUUGAAAAAAAAAAAAAAUGAAAUUACAUAUAUUAAACGAACAACUGGUAACCAUUUCUAUUUGCAAUACAAUUUUUAAUUAUUUGUAAAACAAAAAUCUGCAUUUGCUGGAUUUUUUCAAAAGUCUUUAAUUUUAAUAUUUUUUAAUUAUAUCAUAUACAUUCAAAAUCAUACUAACAUCUAUUAGCAUGCACGUAUACACGCAUGCAUACACACACUUACAUUCAUUCAUACAUUAUAUACUAAAUAGAAAGUGCGAGAUCGGUAAGACUCAUAAACUAGCAAUAAUACAAUUGCAUAUAUAAUCUUUUGUGACUAACAAAUAACUAAUUAAACUAUUACAAACUUAAUUUACUAACAUAUUUAACCUACGUACAUACAUAACAAUUACGAAACAAUUAUACAUAUAAAACGUAUACAUACAUACUAUAUGCAAAUUCCGAUUAUGUGGAAGCUACCCAGAAGUAAUCGUAUAUAAUUAUAUAUAUAGCAUUCAUAUGUACAUAUGUAUAUUAGGGUGUUUUUAUAAAUAUAUUAAUAUCGAUAUGUGCGGAUCGACUUAAAUAAUAUCUAAAUGCUAUUCAAAUUAGAUGAUAUUUAUCUAUAUUAAUCAUAUUCAUACUAAUUUAAAAUUACAUUUGAAACAUGUGAAGUCAAAGUGUGUUGAAAAGAGAAUUUCAUUUAAUCCACUUUCAAAGAAAUUAAUUUUGAUUUAAUUAAAAUUUAUUGUUGGGGAUACGCUUCUACUUAUGCGCAACAAUUGCCUUGUUUAUCAGGAAACUUUUCUCAAGUUUCAAAGUAACUGGCAUACAUACAUAAAAGCGUUGAGUCCCAUACAAAACUAUUUACAAGUAACGCUAAGCUCAACGUUUUUUUAGGCAUGGCAGUAAACUAAACACUUCCUAAAUGUUUUAUUAUCUUUACGAAAAAAUUUUAACCUGAAGAAUAUAUAACGUUUAAACGAUAAAAUUCUUAUUUCUACAUAUGGUCGGAUUUUCCUACCCCGAAAGCAGAAUGAAAUAAAACCUUCUAAUUUGUUUUGUACAGUACUGAAUAUCAGGUUCAAAUGUGUGCGGGCACAUGAAAAUUUUAUCAUUAAAAUUGUUUUAUGAGAUUGAAACAAACAAAUUAAACAUAAUAAACAAAGUAAACAGCCUUGCAUUUUAAAAUUCCUCACAACAUGUUUCUGUUUGAAUUUUCCUUAAAGAUAAAAGAGAAAUUUUAACAAGUAUAUUAAAGAUCUUUAAAAUAAUAAAAACACCCUAAUGUAUGCGUACGUAGAAUAUUUGCAGAAAUUGAUGUUAUGGAAAUACUCAGUAUUUUAUUUUUAUUUAACACGUGCAUUUAACAUUUAUGCAUUUACGCAAAUAUUUUAAAAAAUUUCCCCAUCCAAUUGAUCACCUUAUUAAAAAAAUGAAUAAUAAUUGAUAAAACCGUUAACUUUGUCAAUUAUGUAAAUUGCAAGAAAGUUUAUGUAAAGUUAUAAAAAUUAAUUGAAAAACAUUUGAUUUGCAAAGACCUCAAAAACUUUAAUAAAAUGUAAAUUUAUAUCGUAAACAUAAAGGACCGCUGUUAUAGUUCACCUUUAGGGACAAAAUGUUUCUAAGUAUACCUACAUACAUAUAAUAUAAUUCACAAAUUAUUGCAGUAGAGAACUUUGAGUAAAAAUAUUUAUACACUAUUAUUACUAUUUCUAACUUUAGGGUAAAAUGCAAAACGGGUACAUGCAUAUAUAUACCUUGAAAUUCUAUUUUAUAUGUAUUUAAGCCAUAUUACCCCCAUUUUCACCACCUCCAGUUAUCGUUUAACCAGAAGUUAUUCUGUCAAAUACGACAAAGAUGAAAAACAAGACAUUAUGAAAAUUAGGGUAAAUGGUUUAAAUUUUAAACAUAAAAAGUUUCAUUCAGUUAACAACAUUUUGUUUUAAAAUGUUGUUGUUGUUUACAUUCAAUAUUGUUAUUUAACUAAUAAUUUCUUUACAUUUUUGUUUUUUAAAAUAUAUGUAUGUCUCAUGAUAAACAAAAUAUUUUAAAUGCAAUGCACAUUCCAUCCCACAAAAUGAGAAAAGCAAAUACAUAAAUAAUAUUAAUAAAAUAAAAACAAAUAAGAUGAGAGUACCGGAUAAAACUAAAAUAAUCCCUCUAAAGGCAAUUGACAAAGAAAUCCGAAGAAAAACUUAAUCCCUUUUAAAGGACAUUUGACAAACAAAUCUGACCACAUAAAACCUUGUUGAUUCCCCUAACCUAUUCGAAAUUGAAUAUGUUCAUUGAAUUGUAUUUUUAUACAAACCAACUAAAUUUAAACAUACAUUCAUAUGUAUGUAUAUUUAUAUAUAGGUAUAUACAAUAUACACACACAUACACAUAUUUACAAUAAGUGUGUAUGUUUAAUUAAACUACAAUAAGAAUUUUAAAAUAUUUAUUAACGAAUUUUACAACUGAUCGUUGCAAAAUAAUUAAGAUUAAAAAAGCUCAAUGGUGAACUUAAAAUAUACAUAUAUAAAUAAAUAACAAUUAAUAAAGAAACGAAUUAACAUCUAAGCUGGGUAGUCGCAUGUAAAAAUAUAUACAUACAAAACUAAAUAUAUUUAUUAAAUUUAGUCUUAAGUGAUUCUUAUUAACUACAAAUAUUAUACAAUAAAAUAAAAUAAAUACAUAAAUAUUUUUAAUAAGUUAGAAUAAGCAAAAACAAGUCCCUCCUCCCUCAUCACAAAAGAAAAUCAUUCCUACAGUCGUCUCUUCUUUAAGUGCAAACAAUGUGACUCAAUUAAACCUAAAGGAAGAUUAAACAAUGAUUUAAGCUUUACCAAAUACAUAUGUAUUUAUUUAAACAAAAGAACUUAAUUUCUUUAUACAUAUGUAUGUAUAAUAGUUCGACGUCUGUGCUCUUACAAUAGUCAUGUAUAAAUAAAUAUUCACAGAUUCGCUGACGAUAAAAGUUGUUAAGUUUAUGCCAUUUCUUACCAUUUUUUUUUCAAAAUAUAUAAUAAAAUGUCCAUUUUGUGAUAUUGUAAGGCAACAGUUACUCUCAACACAGCUUAUAAUCUCUAUACAUUUAUUUGGGUAUCAGAACAAACUAGUGCUAAAGUAUUUUAUGUUAAAAUUCAAUGUUAUAUAAUAAAAGGAAAUGAAAAGGCUAGAUAGUCACACACGUUUGCACGAACAAUUAUUUUUUUUUAUUAAAAACAAAAAAUUAAAUUUUUUAAGUGUAACUUAAAAUAAACAUUUAAAGAUAAGUGAAAAUAGUGUGAAUAUUAUUCACUUACAUACAUAGUACAUUCAUACAUAUAUUGAUUUCUGGGGUAAUUUAUUGUUUUUGUUUUUAUUGCUUUAAUCUUAAAUUAAUUAUCCAUAUUUUGUUGGUUUUUCAUCCAUCUUUAUUAUAAAUAAAUGUACAAUAAUAUUAUAAUUAUAAAAAUCACAUAUAAAAAUAUUAUAUAAUAAAUUAAAGCAUAUGUAUUUGUAUAAAAUUUUUGUUUUUAUCUACUGUAUGUAACUAACUUUAUUCUAAUAUCUAUGUAUCCAUUAAUAAAAAAUAAUUUAUCAAAUGUGUCGAAAUAAAAAAACAUCAAAAUCGAUUUAAA